UAACGCCGCCGGUCUGCCGGAGGUGACGAUGUGACUGGAAUGGAAUGGAUCAACCAUGCCUCGCCGCGGCGGGCGUCCUCUCUCGUGCCGUCCGUCUGCGUCCAAACCUGUCCCAUUUCCAUCGUUAAAAACGCAGCAGAUACGCACGCCCAUGUCAACCCACGCCCACACCCAGACACAACCGAAGCUUCCUCCUCCCGCAGCUAGCGCCCGUCGCACGCAUCGCACGGCACACACAUGGCGGCGUCCGCGAGCCGACCCCGCGCCGGCGCUGGCGGCGAGGAGCCGGCGGCGGCGUACGAGGACCUGCUGCCGGUGAUGGGGGAGAGGCUGGGCACGGCGGGCCUGCUAGCGGAGCUGCGCGCGGGGUUCCGGCUGCUGGCGGACCCGGCGCGGGGCGCCAUCACGCCGGACAGCCUGCGGCGCGGGGCCGCGGCGGCGCUGGGCGUGGCCGGGAUGUCGCACGCCGAGGCGGACGCCAUGGUGCGGGAGGGCGACGCCGACGCCGACGGCGCGCUCAGCGAGGCCGAGUUCUGCGUCCUCAUGGUGCGGCUUAGCCCCGGGAUCAUGGCCGACGCCGAGGCCUGGCUCGCCGACGCCAUCGCCGACGAGCUGCAGAUGGUGGAUGAUGACAUGGACAUGGAUGCUGAUGCUGAUGCGGAUGACGACGGUCAUGGUGCCGCCGGUGGCCAAGACCACGCCGCCGCCGGCCCUGCUGGUGGUGCUCCUGCUACCGCCGCCCGCCGGUCGUCGGUUUGAUCGAUGCAUUGGUCGGUCCACGCACGUGUAUUAGUCUGUGCCGUGAUUACACUCAGUGACCUUUUCGUGCUUAAUUACCUUGUUUUUGUAAUUAAAACUACCACUCGUCGUGUUGGUUGGUUAUUACUGUAUGAUCGAAUUACGGUGGUGACUCUUCUUCGAUGUACUACUUCGUACUUCAUGUAGUAAUAAAAAUAAGGUAAUUACUAAUAAUAACUAUGAGAAUUAUAUUCCUGCAAA